AUGGCUAGGAUAGAGGCUAUGCUUGCAAACUUUUGUAAGGAAGUUGAAGACAUAAAGAAAUUCAAGGAGGAAGUAGUAUCCAAUCGGCAAAAUCAAGAUACUGCCACUCAGAAGCUUGAAGCACAAGUUGGAUAUUUAUCUAAACAAGCCCCUAGUUACAAUUCUAAUGGUGCCACCAGGACAACUUCCAGAGAAGAAUGCAAAGCUAUUACCCUCAGAAGUGGAAGAGAAUUGGAGGAGAAAUCAAGGGAGACUAAAGAGGAGGAAACAGGGGAUAGUUCAACUGACAAGGAAGAAGCACAAACACCAAAGGCUCCUUACCCUCAACGCUUAAUGAAGAAUGCAAAGGACAGUAAAUUUUCCAAAUUUUUGGAGAUUUUUAAGAAACUUCAGAUCAACAUUCCCUUUGCUGAAGCAUUAGAGCAAAUGCCACUCUAUGCUAAGUUUCUGAAGGAAUUGAUGACCAAGAAGAGAAGUUGGAGGAAUAAUGAAACUGUGAUACUGACUGAGGAAUGUAGUGCUAUUAUCCAACAUAAGCUACCUCAAAAAUUGAAGGACCCAGAAAGCUUCCAAAUCCCCUGCAUCAUAGGGGAAAUAACAGUCGAAAAAGCCUUAUGUGACUUGGGAGCUAGUAUAAAUCUGAUGUCCUUAACUAUGAUGAAAAGAAUGAAGAUUGAGAAAGCCAAACCAACAAGAAUGGCCCUCCAAUUGGCAGAUCGGUCAUUCAAGUUCCCUCAUAGAAUAUAG